CGCCCCGAUCCGCCGCGAGCGGCCAGCGCCGCGCAGACCGGCCCAGCGGCUCUCGGGGCUGGUCACCAGGACGCGUCGUCAACCGCGGGGUGCGCCCCGGGACCCUUGCCCAAGUCGCCAACCGAGAAGGUCUCCACCGCUGGCCAGGACAGUACUGUCCAUCUCUGAAGCCCUUCUUGUGUCUGCUGUGUGUAACUGUUCCCCAGGGCCCGGGGACAGUGCCUUAGGAGAGCCACGUUGCAGCCUCAGGCCCCCACCCUCCAGCUAGCACCAGGAGCUGACAGGGGCCCCGAACCCAACCUGCCCCCAUACCCGGCUCCAGGUGGGCAUGGACUAGCAAUCCUGAGCAGCCAGAGCGGAUGCCCGGCCCCCAGGGGGGCGGAGGAGCCCCCACCAUGAGCCUGGGCAAGCUGUCACCUGUGGGCUGGGUGUCCAGCUCACAGGGGAAGAGGCGGCUGACCGCAGACAUGAUCAGCCCCCCGCUCGGAGACUUCCGUCACACCAUGCACGUGGGCCGCGGUGGGGAUGUCUUCGGGGAUACCUCCUUCCUCAGCAACCAUGGUGGCAGCUCCAGAAGCACACACCGCUCGCCCCGCAGUUUCCUGGCCAAGAAACUGCAGCAGGUGCGGAGGGUCGGAGUGCCGGCCCGGAGGAUGGCCUCCCCCCCUGCCCCCUCGCCAGCUCCUCCUGCCGUCUCACCCAUCAUCAAGAAUGCCAUCUCCCUGCCCCAACUCAACCAGGCCGCCUACGACAGCCUAGUUGUGGGCAAGCUCAGCUUCGACAGCAGCCCUGCCAGCUCCACGGACGGUCGCUCUGCUUAUGGCCUGGACUCUGGAUUCUGCACCAUCGCCCGCCUACCCCGCCUGGAAAAGCCAAGUGAGCGAGACCGAGACCCUUCCUUCGCCUGUGAGCCAGAGCUCCGCCGUUCUGACUCACUUUUGUCCUUCCGCCUGGACCUUGACCUUGGGCCCUCACUGCUCAGUGAGUUGCUGGGGGUCAUGAGCCUCUCAGAAGCCCCUGCAGCUGAGGCCCCAGCCCCUGCUGCAAAAGCCAUGCCUGCUGCCCCGAAUCCCCCAGUUCCUGCUACAAAUCCUUUGGCUCCUGCAGCAACUCCCCCAGACCUGGCAGCAAACCCUCGGGCCCCUGCUCAGCGCCCAGCCCAUGGACAUCUCCCCAAUGGGGUAACUGCUGGGUUAGGUCCAGGAGCUGAGGUAAAGGCCAGCCUGGUGGGAGAGGGUCCCCAGGCACCGGCCGAUGCAGCCCUCAGCAGGCACUGGGGAGCCAACUGGGGUGGAGCCCAGCACACCCGCCACUGCUCGGAGGUGGCUGCCAGGCGGGAGCCCGUGGAGGUGCUGCCCCAGGCCCAGGGCUCCUGGGAGAGCCUAGAGGAAGAGAGGAGAGUGCCCUGGACAGGCAGCCGGGCCCCGGUGCCCAGCACCGUGCAGGCCGACACCUUCGAGUUCACGGAUGAUGAAGUGAAAGUGUGAGGGAUCCAGGCUUGGGCUCAGGACCUGCCCAAUGAGAGGGGACGGCCAUGUGUCCCUAAGCCUCUGUUCACCUCUGCAGAAUAGACAUGGGAGGGAAGGUAGGGACCUUGUCCUGGCCCCAGUGGCCCCCGCUGAGCAGAGGCGAUGACUCUGGACCCCCCUUGUGUCACCCCCGACUGGAGGGCCAACCUCACAGUGUAGCCUUUGUGCCCAAGGAAGCUGCCCUUGGGGUGGGGGCGGGGACCUGACCACACAGGGCCAUUGUCUCCUCUCCCAUUGGGAUGCCUGCCCCCAGCUUCCCUGGGGCUCCCCCCAGAGGGUCCCUUGCCCUGCCCUGGAGCCCCACCCCAGACUGCCUUCCCAGCACUCCCACAUGUCCCCAAGUCUCACAGCAAAGGUCAGGUAUGACCUUGCAGGAAGAAUCCUGCCCUGCUGUGUCCCCAGACCUGCUUCUGGGCUUGAUUAAAGAAGGCUUUUUUAAUAAAA